AACCACCAAACGAAAAAAAAUCAUAAUAAUAACUGAAAAAAGAGAUUAUGACUUGCAGCCAAACACUCGGAAACAACAACAACAAUAAGUACCAGAUCUGCGAAGAGAUCGGCCGUGGACGCUUCGGCACCGUCACUCGCGUCUAUUCUCCGGCCACCGGUGAUUUCUUCGCCUGCAAAGCCAUCGACAAGAGCUCUCUCACCGACGCUCUCGACCGCGCCUGCAUCGACAACGAACCCAAGCUCAUGGCUCUCUUAUCCUAUCACCCUAACAUCGUUCAAAUCCACGAUCUAGUCGACACUGAUUCCACUCUCUCCAUCUACAUGGAGCUCGUCGAUCCCUCCGUCUCCAUCUACGACCGUCUCGUUUCUUCCGGAACCUUCUCCGAGUCCCAGACGGCGUCGUUCGCCAAACAGAUUCUCCUGGCGCUCUCGCAUUGCCACCGAUUCGGCGUCGUGCACAGAGACAUCAAGCCGGAGAACAUUCUCGUCGAUCUACGGAGCGAUACGGUUAAGAUCUGCGAUUUCGGGUCCGGGAUUUGGUUGGGUGAGGGCGAGUCCACCCAAGGCGUCGUCGGAACGCCGUAUUACGUGGCGCCGGAGGUUUUAAUGGGUUGUUCGUACGGGGAGAAGGUCGAUGUCUGGAGUGCGGGAGUUGUUUUGUACACGAUGCUCGCCGGAGCUCCGCCGUUUUACGGGGAGACGGCGGAGGAGAUAUUCGAAGCGGUGUUACGAGGAAACCUGAGGUUUCCGCCAAAGGUUUUCAGAGGGGUUUCUUCGAUGGCUAAAGAUUUCUUGAGGAAGAUGAUUUGUAAAGAUGCUUCUCGAAGACUCUCAGCCGAACAAGCUCUAAGGCACCCAUGGAUCCAAAGAGCAGGAGAAACAGAGGAGAGAUUCAUCUGAAAAGAGAGAUUCGAUUCGAGAGGAGGAGAAUAAAUAAAAAGUAGAAGUAGUAGAAGUAAUAAGUAAUGCAGUGCUUAUCGCAUUUUUUUGUUGAUGCUAUUAUCAGGUGUGGGGAGUGUUGAGUGAGUCGGCAUGUAAAUUUGGGUUUGGCUUUGUAAAUUCCGCCCUACCCAUAAGACAAACUCUUCUGGAAGAAGAAGAAGAAGAAGAAGAAGGCAAUUUUUAGAAGAAAAAGAAAAAAGGAGCUAAAUAAAAGAGGUUGUGGCUUCUUCUGUGUUUGGCGAUGAGUUUUUUUUUUUUUUGGGUUUUCUUUUCCUUUUUUGUGAAUUUUGGCUUUAAGGGUUAUGUCCUUUAGGUAGACCCUAGUGUAGAGGAUAACUAUCUUUUUCCGCCUUUUACGGGUUUUUUUUUCCCUUAUGGGUGAGUAAAAGGAUGAGAGAAAGCUGAGUUGUACUCUUUUUCC